AUGUCGUCGCCGAGUGCCGGGAAACGGCGCAUGGACACGGAUUUGAUCCGAUUGAUCGAGUCGAACCACGAGGUCAACAUCCUCAGCGGCCUCAACGAGUUCAGCGUCAAGUUCUACGGGCCGAAAGGAACCGCCUACGAGAACGGAGUGUGGCGCGUGCGGGUGGAGCUGCCCGAGAAAUACCCCUUCAAAUCGCCCUCCAUCGGCUUCCUGAACAAGAUUUACCAUCCGAACAUUGACGAGGCGUCUGGUACCGUGUGCCUUGACGUCAUCAACCAGGCGUGGACGGCGCUGUACGACUUGACGAACAUCUUCGAGUCGUUCCUCCCGCAACUCCUCACCUACCCCAACCCGACCGACCCGCUGAACGGCGACGCGGCCGCACUGUUCCUACACAAGCCGGAGGAGUUUGCGCGGAAAUGCACUGAAUACGAUGACGAGGAUUCCGACUCGACAAUCUCCGAUUUCUCCGAGGACGAGGCUGACCAAAUGGAGCUG